CUUUAUAUUCCGCAUGUCAUGUAGGAAAAUACGAAACACGUGUUUGUUAUCCUACAUGUAUUGCAUAUAUUUUUCAAAAUAAAAUAGUACACCGCGCGGUUUAUAAAAUGCCUAUUGAUCAGAAAAGAAUAAAUGGUCCUGAAGUAACUAUUCCUUAUGAGAUUUUAUAUGAUAGUAACAUUAAUAAAGUUGAAACGAAUGAUAAAGUCUUAGAAAAUCGAGAGGAUGGUCGCACGUUGAAUGAACAUCGGAAGAUGUUUGUGAAAACUGGAAUCGUCAGUCAAGCCAAAGGUUCUGCGUACAUUGAAAUGGGGAAAACAAAAGUUGUCUGUUCUGUAUUCGAUCCUAGAGAAAUUCCGAACAAAACCGAAUAUAGCGUUCAAGGUGAAUUAUUCUGUGAGUUUAAAUUUGCCCCGUUCUCCUGCAGUAAAAGAAGGAUACAUCAACAAGAUGCGGAAGAAAAGGAGUACAGUUUAAUAAUGCAACGUGCUUUAGAGCCUGCAGUUUGUCGACAUGAAUUCCCAAACUUCCAAAUAGAUAUAUACGCUCUUGUAUUAGACAAUGAUGGAUCAUCUUUAAGUGCCGCAAUUAUGGCUGCAAGUUUAGCGCUAGCAAAUGCUAGCGUACCUAUGUUUGGUUUAGUGACAGCAGCUACUGCAGCGAUCCAAGGAAGUACUAUACUUCUGGAUCCAACAGAUAAAGAAGAAGCAAUCUGUAGUAUAUCAAAAGUUAUAUCGGAAGAACCACAAAACCAUGGAAUUAUAAUGCAAGCUAUUUUGCCGCAACAUACACAAGUAUCCGAAUUCUUUGCAAUUGGCAGUCUGGAUCUAGAUUGCAUAAAGUCAGUUGUUGAUACAUUAACCGCAGCUAGCAAAGAAAUCUGUCCAGUAAUGCAGCAGUGCUUAGUUAAAUCUGUUAUCAAAUGUAUCAAGACAAAAGGACACGAUGAGAUGGAAGCAGUAAAAUGAUGCAAAACACUUUUUAUUCAUGUUUUAUGAAGUUUUUAUGUAAAUGACAUUAAUCUAUGAUAUAUUUUUGUAAGAGAAUCAUAAGAGUACAGAUGAACACUUAAUAAUGAAUUAAAAGAGAUGAAUAAUUGGUAUUAUAAA